AUGGGCGACAGGUACAAGGAUAUCUGCCUGCCAGGCACAUGCGGUUCAUUGCUGGCUCUGCAACUCAUUUCGCAUAUGAUCAUCAAGCCAUUGCCGAAAUUCACCAAGGAUAUUGUUAUUCCAUACGUGGUGCACGCUGUCAGAGUGUCGAAGAUGCAUAUAAGGGCGGGCGGCCAGACCAUGCAUGGCGGAACGUUAAUAUGGGUGAAAGGACGAGGACAAACGCUGUUGAUCAUGAGAAGGGCAUCGUUCGGUGAUUUCUAUCUAUGGGGAGAUUCAACAGCGAAAAGAGAGUUCAGUCAUCCUAGUUUUCGGAUGUUCGCUGCGUUGUUUCCAUUGGCUCCACUGCUCGCCCUGGUAAUCGGUAUCAUCGAUCUUCGUGUAGACGCUCUACGACUGUUGUGGCUCAACCGACGCCCGAUACCAAUGAUGGCAUCCGGCAUUGGCAUAUGGCUGCCGAUACUCUACUUCCUACAGUAUGCCGCCGUAAUGACAAACGCCUUUUAUUAG